AUGUCUCGGGAUCGCUCAGAGUCGGUUGUGAACAAUAUGGAAGUUAUCAAUGAUGAUACGCCACUGUACUACUGCGACAGAAACAACAAAACAGAAAAUACCACGAGCGUGCUGAUGAUCUGGGUACUAACAGCACUGCUUGUAUACGCAGCAAUCGAGCGGAUAAUCAACCAAGACUUCGACGUGGAUGCUACGGUGAUGCUCUACACAGCAGCAAUCAGUGUGCUCUUCAACGUGAUUAUGGGUCUUAUUCUACAUUUUGGCAAGACGCCACACUCCCAUUUCGGGAUGUCUCAUAGCCACCAACACGAUAGCGACAAGACCUACCCCGUCGAUCCUGAGGUAAUUUGUCGAUGUCGGUUUGCAAACAAAGAUGCCAAAGAAAAAUGA